AUGAAUUUCAUCCUGGACACUAUUCGCAACAGUCUGAGUGACAAGGCAGAAGCCCUAAACGGUGGCUCUCGACGUCCCUUCCUCUUUGGUUCCAAGGCGGACACUUCGUUCCGGCUCACACGCGUCCACGCAAACUUCUUUGUCCACGUACUGCUUAUGUUAACCAAACCAGGUAUGUUUCGGACAUGUCCGUGUUUGCUACCCAAGGUCCAUUCUUCCAUAUGUGUUACAUCCCUCAUGCCUGUGUUUUCUAUCCCCGCUAGAGCAUCGUAUGUACGAGGUGUUCUGGAAUUGUCUCCUGGCAAAGCCGGCCGUUGAUCUUGGUGCGGUUCCGGACUUCAUGCGCACCAUCUUCUCAGUCCACGAAGAUGUGAGUCUGCAUCUUGAUUCCCUGUCGGCCUCUUUUCAGCCUCGUCUGGUUUUAACUCAACCCACCGGCUGGGCACACUUUGAAAGUACACAUAAUGAGCAUUUCAAUUACAUUAAGAGGAAGUCAUUGCAGUCCCUGACCCUCAGUCCUGAGUGGAACUGACUUAUUCCAUCUGUUGGCAAAUUUCCAAGCCACGGUUGUUAGUAUGUCAUCGUAGUUGUGAAAUGGGUUUAUUGUUUAUGGUGCAGAAGCCAAGCGUUGCAUCGGCUUUAGUCUACCACCUCCCCUCCCCCCCUUCCCAUCUCCAUCAUGUGUUGCCGGCCUGUUCGAGUCAUGCCAAUUUACUAUGAGACUGGGCGAAGCCACGGAUGUCACUUAAAGUCACCUGUUAUCGCAUACGGUCCGCGCAUGGGCUCAGAUCUCACAUACUGUAUGUUCAUGAGAUGUGUGUAAGUUUGCAGGAAAUCUCAGAUCGCCGGGAAACCGGUCCCAAUGCAUUGACUAAAACUUCCAAUUCAUAUUGAACGAUCUUAAGUGAGAUGAAAACGUAAAAGGGGCAUCAGUAAUAUUACGUUUGUUAAAAAAACAACUUUCCUUUAAACAAAUCAGAAAUGCAAAAAAACGAAGACCGUGUAAGAUGGGUGGCACACAAGUCUUAGAAGUACAUCAGGCCUGUCUAUUCAAAUGAUUGAGUAAAUGAAACGACCUAAGUGGGACAAGAUUUCAAAAUAAUCCAUUCGUGUAUUCUACGCCUAAAUAUUCUCCAUGAAUUACUUGGAAAUGAAAUAGGGCGGUUAGCCAAUUGCCUACAGUUUGAGUAUGCAUUUCAAAACGGCUUCACGAGAAUUUGCAGUGCCUGGGAUGCGGUUGACUAAUACGUAGUGAAUCUCACUUGGAUUUCGUUGUUAGGGACGUCGCAGUAAUGAAAGUUUUCGUGAGGUCAAGGUCAAGGAAUUUAAAUAGGAUUGGCGAAUGCGAUCGUAAGCAUAAUAUUUUGUGUGUAUCGACUGAACUUUUCUUCAGUGGGAUCCCGGUAUGCUGUUCGACGAUGAUAGAGUCCGUUGAGUUUCAAUGUCCUCAAAAUGUUCAUGAAUACUUUACGCUUUUCAAUGUUCUCGGUUAACUGUCCAAAAAAUCGGCCCCGUAUUGUGUUUAUCGAAACCUUCGAAGUUAUCCCGUUUUUGAAGGCAUUUACCUAGGUCAUGCGUUUUCGGGUAUUAUGUUUUAUGCAGACGACCGAGUCAUAUUUGCGGGCUCAUCCAAACACGAAGCCCUAUCGCUGAAAACAUGAACGUCCACAGCAAAGGCCUGCCGUGAAUAUGCGCUAUAUCGGUAGAAAAACCUUCCCCAAUAAAUUAUUUAUAAGCGUCUUUAUAGAGUAUUUCACUGGUUAAUGUCCAACUACUUUACCUCUUUUCAAAUCAUAAUGAAAGAGAAAGGUGGAACGUUUGACCUACUUAUGAACUUUCCUAGGAAACACAGAUAGUUUUUUAUACUUUAAACGGAAAAACUCGCUUUGCUGUUUACGUUGGAGCCACUUUUAUUAUCUUCACUUGCUUUUGGACACCGUCCUACGAUUAUACAUACACAACAAAGUGGCUAAUGCUCCGCUCGUUUCGAUUCUAAACUACGUGUUAGCAGAAACUAGACCGCACAAAAAGUGCCUUACCAGGUACCCGAAAAUUAAAAUUGCAAUUUGGUGAUAAGCCAUUCCAAGCUGCUCUCAAUUGCGUUUCGGUCAAAUUGUGAAGCCCGGGCGACUACACGAUUAUGCUUGAGGACAUUCCUAGUAACUGUCUGAAGGUCGUCAUCGGAAGACAUCCGUCAUACUACUACAGCAUGAGCAGCCUCGCUGCAAAUAGCCCAAUAUCCUUGCAGUUUCGUCACGUCGCAAUGGCGAACGACGCUGAUGCUUAAUACUAUACUCACUCAAAAGCCCCCUCGUCCGUACUCCUCUGAAACAAACUCCCUUAGUCGGAAAUCUCGCCUUCAAUUAUUUAGGGCUACAUCCACUUAAAACAUCCCCCCAACUUUUUUGCCGUUCUGAUAUUUUGGAAAAUUCUCUGCAGACUGUGCCUCCGAAAGACGGUGUUCAAGCACCCCUCUGCCAUUUCAUCCACCUCAAUCCGAUCUUUUUUCUAACUUCAGCAUCGUAUUGAACGACAGUGGAUGAUAAAAUUGUGUGCGGAGACCGUCAACGACACGUCUGAUUAUCUGCUCCUGGAAAAGUCGCGUGUCUUCAAGUACUGCCUGACUAUGUACUCUGAUCCGGCUGUUGAUGCAGCGACCCAGGUACACCGUUUUUCUCCUGUACCUGACGUCACAUCGCAUACAUUUUUAGUAGAACAUCUGAUUAGUAUGAUUCCAGUCGCUCAAAAAGACCGCGUCUAAGAAUACUUUUUUCUGGCGUUUUAAUCUGUAAGUUGACGGUUGUCGCACACUUAUUGGUGCUUUGGAAAAUGGAAAUUCAGGUUAGCUAUGCAGAACAAACCUUUCGAAUGGGCCCAACAAUUGGAAUAUAUCCCCCGUCACUGCAGCAGAUGUAUUUGCUAUUAUCGCUUUCAGGCAACCAUAAUGCGUGCGUGACGCAAACAAGAGAUCCAGAUACCUCGGUUGUACUGGCCAAAAUACUCAAACUGUCUCGAUUCCUCGAGUUGUAUCAGUUACCAGCAGUACACGACGUCCGAUUUGUUAGUUACGCUGCAGCUUCCAACUGACUUCUUCCCGAGUCUUUGUGCCAGCUCAUGGAGCUGACUCUCACAUGGUUUAACCUAUCUCAGGGUCAAGAUUUUGCCUAAUGAACAUACCUGUGACGGCCUUUUUGCCAUUCCUUAGCUGUCCCCGUGACAUAAUCGUCUGCGUCUGCCAUUUCCGCUUUUAUGGCUGUUCAUACCGGCUUAUGUGUAUAGAAGGCGAGACAAAACGGAUGGUCUGCGAUAGUAAUUACCUGAGAACGAUCCGUCGAAUGUGACCUACUGAUUACUUCACCAUCAGGACGGUUUGCAGCCAGUGCAUCGGCAUCGCGAGAACUCUGCAGACAACCCAGAAGGAACGUAUACAAUAGAGUUUAACAUAUCGCCUGCAGUGAAGGCAGUGCUUCACAACCGUCUCUUCACCAAGAUUGUCGAGUCUGUCAGUUUUUAAGUUUGACUCGGCACGCUUUGUCAAGAUGUCGAGGCGGUUUAUGGACACUGCGUACUCUGUUAACAACUCAUCUGGACGCGGUGCCUCGAGUUUAUCUGGUAAACUGUGACAAGUUGUCCUGUGUAGAGAGCCAUCGUGCGAAUGGUCACUGGAGCAGGUUGUAUUAGGCAUGAUCUCAGUAAAUUCGGUGUAAAAGUUUCAGCAAACGACAUUCCGGCCGUCGUUGCUUCUCAGUGAGGUGAAGCAGGCACUGUGACUUGCGCGUGAUUUAGUUUGCAGUGAAUUUAUACUUGCGCAGCUUCUACCUCACUCUCCUCCCCACCUAAACCUGGUCUCAAUACUUAGUCAAGACCGGAGGUGAAGGAGGGCACCGGUGGCUGGCAUGGUCGGACCCGCACCUAGGCGUACCACCCCACACCCCCUGGUGCGACAAAUUGUCCUGUGUAGAGAGCCAUCGUGCGAAUGGUCACUGAAGCAGGUUGUAUUAGACAUGAUCUCAGUUGUAUGAAGUUCAAGUACUAGUAAAUUCAGUGUAAAAGUUUCAGCAAAUAGAGGCCACUAGUCAGCCCACUUUCCUGACAUCGCAGGUUCAUCUUAAUGGAUUCACGGGAUACUUUAUUACUGUCUAUUUAGGCCAUUAGUUUAUUCAAGUGCUCCCUGUCGUAGUAUGGCCACCCCCUGACAGAUGAAUGUUGGCUCUCGAAACAUUCGUUUUCACGGACUAGCAUUCCGACUUAGGAAACUGCUUUAGCGGUCUCACUUUCACCUGUCCUUUUUUCCUUACUAUUGGUUUCCAUUGUAUUUCAAGCUUGCCGCAUUUCCCAGUUGUAUUUUAAAAAACGUGGAAACCAGACAGUUUAUCCGACAGUCUCCCACGUGCCACCUCUUAGAAAUCGCCCUCUAUAUAAGCGUAUAUUUUAGUUCCUUUGUCAAUUCUUCAGACUGGCAACUUAGAUCACCCUGUUGUGGGCCAGUUCGUUUUAACCGAAAGGCGUCACUUUCUUUGACCAAUUCCUCUGCCUUUCUAGAUUCAAAUCCUGCGCCUUCUGGUGGCGACUACGAAAAUACCCCGCGCUUGUCACGCUCUGACGCGGUUCCACGCAUUCCCCCUAUGGCUUUUCCGAAACGCCCUGGGUUCUAAGUAAUGUCAACUCCACUUCUGUCUCCUGUUCUCUUAAUCUCCUCAUUUACUGCUAAGUCUGACCAUUCAUUCUCACACCCCCCCCCCUUAAGGCACACGCCAUCCCUUCCCUACUUCUCGCACAUUAUCAAGCAAAUGUUGACCGCCUUCGAGGAGGCCAAAGAGGAGUCGCCUGCCCUGUCAAUUUUGAAACUCCUGGAUUCUACGUUCAGGUAUGCUCCGCUCGUAAGGUCAAUGUUGACCUCUGUCUUAUAAUCUACCGCCAAUGAUUGUUCGGUGUCCUCAUGCUUGCAGCCCUAUAAGUUCUAUGUAUAGUCCACCUCUGUCCGCCUAUGGUACUCAGUUAUAAAACCAUCGCGCCAAUCGUUUCUCUUGGUCGCACAUCGAGCCCUGCCAGACGUCUGCAACACAACCAAAAACGUUGGAGAUUUUAAUGUUUUAGGACGGUCAGCCACCAUAGUAUUCACUCAUUGCAGUGCUUAUCUGUCGGAUAGCAUAUACGCCCCACUAGUCUGCACACAACGAAAACGCCAAAGACAGCUGGCAAAGCCGUCCUAGUGGGCAAGAUAGGAUAACAACGACCCAGCUCUAGUCAUCGCUAGCUGACAGAGGCAAAGCAUGACAUCCGAACCGUUUUUUUUUUGGAGCUCCCGAACUCAUACAGAGAUCCAUCGUCGGAGUUUACCGCAGUAACGGAACAAGUAAUGGUUAUUUUGAUCGGUAGCCAAUCAACGACCAAUGUCGCACGUCUGACAUGGCUGCGCAGUGCUCUGCGUGCCUGCUCCAGAUCAAUACAUCGAUCGAUCGAUUUCUCAUCCGAUUGCCAAUCUUUAGUCAACCCUCGGUUGUCUUGUUUUCUGUAUGAACAAUAAUCUUAGCAGCUGCGAAGUUCAACUCCUGAUCUGUUUCAAAGGUGUGGGCAGCCACUUGUGAUAAUUCAUCACCCCAUUGCACAGCCACCUUGUGCUCCUAAUUGCAUGAUUGAGCAUGCGCUCAGUCUGACCCUCGUAACUACAAAAGGACGGUUUAGGCACGGGAUACUUUGAACCACACCCGACUGCUGCGCAUGGUAACUCCGGGCUUGUGUGCAAUUUCACUACGUAAUACCGCAAUAUUCCGUUCGGUUGCCUCUGAGAUGUAUUUAAUGUGACAGAACACGCCAUAUCCUCAAUGAUGUUUCUCUUUGGGUCCUCUGAGGACAAACACGUAGGGUUGGGCCUAUAAAUGCCUUCGGGCAACCGUUCCGUAUGAAUUCUUAUGGAGUUAUCGGGCCUUAGGUACCUUUUAUGAAUUGUUAAAGCGAAUCUGUUAAAGCGCGUUCUCACACUGCUCCUGAUGACUUUAGGCAGUCUUUUCUGGUUCCUGUAGAACCAGUUCUGCCGCUAGACUGGAGAUUGGUGAGCCGAUUAGAGUUUCCCUCAUCUGCCCAUAUGUUUCUCCAGCAAAGGUUAAGUGGGGUUUUGGCGGAAUUCGAACGGUCCCAUGAGGUAGUCAAUUUUGAGAAGACUUUGUAUUUCGUCGAUUACCCCUUCAGGUUUAUUGCGCAAGACUUCGUGCGCCAAAGUGGGGGCAGAUCGGUUGAAUAAACUGCAUACCGAUUUCAGCGCAAGGACGUGGUAGCAUAGAAUGAAUGGCGCCAAAUGAAACCAAUAGACAAUGCUCUUGUCCGAUUCUAAGGUCACCCAAAGGUUCACAGACCGAGCGUUUUACUGCGGCCAGAUGUUGCUCUAAAAGACAGCCCUGUUUAUGAUUUGACUAGGUGGAUAUACUCAACACUGAUAUUUUUCCUGGGUAAUCUGACUUGGCCGUUGUCUUUUUCGACGUGACGUCUUUGUUCUCAUUCAUCACCCCGGGCAUCAUGUAUCAACCAACACUUACUCCAGAGUACGUGGAAUCUGUCAAUCACUGCCAACGGCCGUCUUCCUACCGGCUUUGACAAAUUCGUUAGUUCGCGAAAUAGCAGCUCGAAUUUCCAAAACCAACCAGACCUUUGCCAGACUUCGGCCUUUAAUGUGGUUGGGACCUUACAGGAUCAUCUUGACCACGCCUCUAUGGGGCAUAAAAGGCCGACUUCCCUAUCAGAGCCCUCUCAGAAAGCUCCGCUUGAUGAAUUCUGCAGAUGAGAUGGCAAGAACGGAUGCUAGACACUCAGUUUCCUGAUUUCUCUGCAUUUUUGGUCUAUCUGGCCAACCCUUGCCGAAACGGCUUUUGAUGGUAGCGCACUUACAGGUGCCGCUGAUGACGACAGGGGCAACGCUGCAUGUAAACUUUGAGGGUUUCGCUCAUUCACUUCGGAAUACAAUCCGAAAUCCUACGUGACUUGCACAUAGUAGACCAUGUUUAGGACUCUGAUCGACUUUCAUGAAUAGAACUAAAUCCACAGUAAAAACACCAUAACUUAUUCGUCAAACUCGAAGGAGACCACUUCCAUUCGGGAAAAGUACAGGGGGACUUGCGGGUGCUUUGGACUAUUGUGUAACAUCGUUCUGACCGUCUCUGCGUACUUUCGUUCCAAUGGCAGAAAAAAAGUUUUAUUGACUGGAGUUCUGUCUGAGCAUACCGACCAGCCAGGCGUUUGCCUCCCAGCUGUUACGUGUAACGCGUAGGAUGCAUUAUUACCGUCUAUUUAGGCCAUUCCUACCUUAGUUGGUCAAGUGCUCCCUGUCGUGGUAUGGCCACCCCCUGACAGAUGAAUGUUGGCUCUCGAAACAUUCGUUUUCACGGACUAGCAUUCCGAGUUAGGAAAAUGCUUUAGCGGUCUCUCUUAUUACCUGUCAUUUUUUCCUUACUUUUGGGCAUUGCGUCCACCAGCAUCAGCCAUUUCCCCAUGUGUAUGCUCUGUGAACGCGGUAGCCACAUCUAGUCCACCACACAACCGACACCACUCCUCUGACCGGUCACACCAACACAACCUCACCCUCAGAGGCCAUAUGGUCUCAAUCCCCAACACCCGGCCAAACCACAGGCCACGGCGAGCCGCUUGCAACUCCAAGGCACAGCACAAUGGACUGACUUGUGGAGAUACUAAUAGACAUUCCACCCGGUUGAUGUCCACCUGGGUUCCAACCAUCUGCAGCUAUUCGUUUUUACUUAACAACAAACUGAUCCAACCUACUCCAUGGGCGACUUAUAUCUGGGGCUAUAAUCAGGCUCGUCUGACGUCUCCAAGCACAUUGUGAUGUGGAUUAUCAAACCCUUCCCCCAAACCACAAGCGCGAUUUGACUGAGAACGUAAUUAGCGAUUACGGUGGGCGAGCUGCGAUUGUGCCUCGCCUGACCGACGUCGAUUGUGUCUGUUGCGAUACCCAUCCAUGCGGAACAAUCUAAGGCUACUGAUCUCGCGUGCUUGAUCAACUCUCGAGCUCCCAGGGACUAUGCUUCGACACACAUGACUUUCCGGAUAUGUGAAGCCCGUUUCAUUUGAGCAGAAAAUACAAUACAUGCGUGGCACACGUUGAUGGGUUGAAAGGUCUGGUGUAUCACCGCACAGUACCUAUCCUUCGGCUUUCUGACAGUCUUGCCGGGGACCUGGUUAUGUGCAGGUUUCUAUACGCACGCAGUGGUUGUCUGUCGAGCACGGCGGUCGAACUACCGUCUAAGACACAAUCAGCUAGUUCACGAAGAAGUUUCCUUAUUAUAUGAGCUACUGUCUUUUUUCUUUGCUGACGUAUAUGUUUAACCCACUGCCGUCUUCUUUCUGCAGACAAGUAUCGAAAUGAAUCACUAGCCAUUUUUCCAUGAAGUCAUCUUACCUAUGGCCAAUGGCUGCACCGAACAGCCCGAUAAAGCCUGCAAAGAGUUGAAAGGGUAGCCAUAUGAGGUCUUAACCCGAAGUCUUUUUUUUCUUUAACAGACAACUGCAUAGUGAAGAAACGCUCGUGGAAAAGGAGGUGCCACCGGUGGAUGUCUGA